AUGUUACGCCAAGCUUACAUUUGGAACAAAGCUUUACAUGCUAGCAAACAAGGACCACAAGGCUCUCAAAAGGUUUCAGUUAAGCGCCUUUAUUCAAAUGGCAAAAGGAGCAAAAAGGGCAAUAAUCUCAGUAGCGACCUUAAGGAGCAGGAGGAUUUAAAGAAUCGGGUGAAUGAUGAAACGCAGAAGAGCGUUACAGGUAAAGCAUACGAACGAGUUGAAGCUUCGGAAAAAGGUGAUAACGGAACAGUUCAAGUCAGCUCAAUAAGAAAGAGUAUAUUAGUUCCGAAAGUGCCAUCAACCGAUUAUAUUCCCACGCGCGAUGUCCAAACGGAAGGCCUAUAUGCCGGUUAUAGGCCCUUGUUCCUGGGAAACUCACCUGUCCGUGCGGAUAGAAGAUAUAAUGCACUUGAUAACUUCUUCAGUUCAUUCGCAAACUUGAAAGUAGCAGAAGAUACCAAAGGCUCCGGAGCUGUGAGCGUAAGCGAAACAAUCGAAGAUCUCAAGAGGAACAAUACUGACGAUAACUUGCAAAACAGUAGUGGUAGGAAUCGUAAGCCAAUCAUACCAUGGGAUGCAUCAAUAAGCGGAAUGGUUUAUGAUGACCAGGCAUUCAAAGAUGUUCCUAAAAAUGUUAUGUCUCGAUUGAAACCGUUCAAAAUAGUAAGAGUUGAGAGGAACAGUGAUAAGAAGAGACAGGAAAAAUAUACAGACCUGAUCAAGAUGAAAGUCCACAACUCAGCGAUGAAUGAUGAUUCAGAAAUAGUGAAUAUUUCACGUGUCGCCCAUGUGGGCCAGCGCAACCACAUCUGGGAUAACGAUCGUAGUGACUCAAAAAAUCAGGCUGCAAUGAAUGCUAGGAAAAAUUACCAGCGUGAGUCAAGUGAUUACGCGUAUAAGCAUAAGUUCAUCAAGAGUGAUCAGAGGACUUUUAAGACGGAUGUGGAAAAGAUAAAUCGAUUAUUAGCAAAAGAGUUUUAUAAGCAAACAGGUCUCACGAUAAAAUCUGAAUUAUUAAAAAAUCAACUUCCUCUAUACAUUUAUGUUGACAAAUCUAUAUCUGCUAAAAUACUGUUUCGAAGGUUCUUAAAAAAGAGAAUUAUUGAGGACAUCGAACCCGUACUUGCGACACUUUUGUCUUCCUAUGACACGAGAGAUCAAGCCGAAAGAUUUCAGCAGAAAAUUAAUUUGAGAAUUAACAAUAUUAUUCGCAGUUUAUCAGAACAUUUACCUUCGGUCUAUUUUACGAGCAAGUCAGUCGAUUGCAUUUUACACUCAAGUCCAAUUUCUGGCUUUAAAAGGAUCAACUGGUUGAAACCACAUAAGAGGCGUUGUAUUUUUUGGGGGAAGAAUAUUGAAAUGGACUAUUUUUUUCAUCUGAAUCACGAAUACAAUGUCUCAAGGGGAGGCGUUAAAUACAUGAGGUAUCCCGUAAACUUGCAUUGGAAGAACUUCGACGGCGCAUUUUCUGAAUGGGACUACUUUGCAUGA